GAGUUAGCAUUUUAGUGCUUCCGGUUCCAUCGUCCCGAAGUCAAAAGCCUGAAGUGGUGAACACAAGCUCAAAAUAUUUUCACGUUUUAUUCUACCACAUAAAAUACACCAGUAAUACCCUACUCGUGAUUUUUUAAAGCUUUUACGUGUAUUUGGAAAAGGCGGUUGCUAAAUGGGACUACAGACGUUGUCUGAGACAUUAAACGUCCUCACGCCGAACAGGAAAAAACUUUGCAGAUAAACUGGUUCAGCUAGUAAGGAAACAUCUGAGAUUCAGUCAUGUCCCGGUCGAAUUCACAUCAUUGUAUAUCCUCACAGGCAGCAGCGACGCCCAGAAAAAAGACCAGAACAAAGAAGCAUAAGAAAGAACGAAAGAAACGCAGAUCGUCAUCGUCCUCCAGUGAGGAUCAGGGGACAGAGGACAGAGAGAGACGCAGAAGCAGUCGCAGGGACAAAAACAAGCAUGCUUGUUGUUACGACGCUUCUACUGAGUGCACAGAAACCAGUGAUAAUGAUUAUGAGAUGCAGAUAGUUGAGGAGCUGCAUCUGGCUCGCUCCAACAGACAACUGCACGUGAAGGUGGAGAAGAGUUACGGAGAGCUGACCAGCAUGGACGUAGACCCGGCAGACGAGAGCGCCACCAUUGCACUCAGUCAGAAACAGCAGCAGGACCUCCUCAUUGUGCUCGACACCAAUGUUCUCCUCAGCCACCUGGACUUUGUGAAGAGGAUUAGACCCCAUGGACUUGGAGCUCUGGGGUUCCCGACGCUGCUGGUUCCCUGGGUGGUUCUACAGGAGCUGGACUCGUUAAAAAGCAGGAAACUGUCAAAGGCCAGCUGUGGACUACAUCUACACCUCCCUGAAGAACCAGGAGCUGCGUCUCUGGAGCCAGUCCAUGCAGCAAGUGUCUCAUGCUGCCUGCUGAACGUGGAGGAUAAUGACGAUCUGGUGCUGCAGUGCUGUCUCCAGUACAAGACGUUGUAUCCAGAGGGCACUAUCAUGCUGUGCACAACGAAAGACCUUCAGUCAGAAGCAGCAGUUUGCCAGGAUGGACGACUGGAGUGUCAGGAUGCCACCGAUGUUAGUGGAGUACUUCGCCACGCUAUGCCAAGAGGCGGAGGAGUACCAAGCUGUGCUACGAAAGCAGCAGGACGCCAGGAAUUACCUGGCCUUCAACUCACCUCCCAUGUUCAUGACGGACUACGCCAUGCCACACCAACAGGAGGGGGAGUCUGCGGUCAGGGCUAAUACCAUCUCCCACCCUCCCUCCCCUAUUAUGGAUCUCAUUCAGCCUGCCCGCUCUGCCGAGGACGUCGCUCCGCCUUCCUGUUCCGCCGAGGACAUCGCUCCAUCUUCCUGCUCGGCCGAGGUGGUCGCUCCGCCUUCCUGCUUAGCCGAGGUCGUCGCUCCGCUGUCCUGCUCGGCCGAGGUCAUCGCUCCGCCGUCCUGCUUUGAGGAGGACGUCGCUCUGCCUCCAUGUUCAGCUGAAGACGUCAUUCCUCUUUUUUGCUGCGUGCCAUAUGUCACUCCCCCUUCCUGCUCCACGGAGGACAUCAUUCCCCUCUCAUGCUCCACGGAGAACCUCGCUCCUCUCCCAGGCCUCGCGGGGAACUUCGCUCCCCUCUCCUGUCCUGCGGAGGUAGUUGUCCCGCUGUCCUGCCAUGCAGACUUCGCUCUGAGCUCCAGGCCCGCUGGGGGCGUUGCACCUUUUUUUUGCUCCGCUGAGGAGGCCAUACAGUCUCCUGGUUCUUGGGACAUUUUACGCAGGGGGUCUGGACCGCCAGAUGGAGGGGGUGCAUGUUUGGGCGCUCCGGGAGUAGCGCCCUGGGGCGGGUUCUGUCAUGUAUCAGGAAACUCUGGACUCCAGUUCCCAUCAGCCACUGCACUACAUGUACAUGACCACCUGCACCUGAUUCACGUUUCUGUUAAUGAGCACUCUUGUAUAUAUAGCCACUGUCUGCACUAUUUAUCUGUCUUUCGUUGUCUUAGACUUCCGUGUUCCAGGUCACUGCAUUUUGUUUCAUGCCAUAGUGGUUUGCCUAGUUGUCUUAGUGUCUUUGGUUUGUUGUGUAUUUGUUUAAUAAACGUUCUUAUCUGCGAUUGCUUCCGAACCCAUCCUUGAUUCAUGACACAAACUUGCAUCUCUGCUUGAUUAUUUGGAUGAAAUAAAGGUGUAGAUGGCAUCCAGUUUUUUGCAGCUUAAUGAGUUGAAAUCUGAAAUGGUGUUUUUUGGUCCAUCAAAGUUAGCCAGACAGCUUUCUCUACAUCUGGGCCCUUUAGCCACCAUUGUUAGGAAUGUUUGGUGAGGAACCCUGGUGUGAUUUUUUGAUUCUGAGGUGAAAUGUGAAAAACAAAUAAAUUUUCCAAGAAUCCUU